CAGACGCUUCCAGUCGAGAAUCCAGCUGUCAGUCAGAGAGCCUCCAUCCCGACCCCGCCACACGCUCGCACCUGACCCAGACCCGGUUUGGGGGGGAGCCGCCGCGCCACAGCGGAUAAAAACACUGCGCGGCGCGGAGACCGACUGAAGAUGGACCGGACCGACGAGACCGGAGUCAACCGGCACAUGUGACUCUUCUUCGCAGCCAUGACCGCGGCGGCAGCAGCGCUCCGCGUCCGCCCCUGAGCCGCCUUCGGUGGGUUCGUUCCUGGCCAGAGGACUCGGUUCCGCCGGUGCCAAGAUGAGCAGACCAUUGUUGAGCAGCGAUCUAACGGAAUGGGCCCGCAGGAAUUUUGGCACCGGUUUUACGCAGCAGACCACAGUGUGCGACCGACGCUGCUCCAGCUGGAAGGCAGGACAAAGAAUGGGUCCAGAGCGAGUGGAAAUGGCGAAAUAAAGACACUCCAGUGAGUCCACGCAGCUGGUCCUGCCACUAAGGUCUUCUGUUCCGCCGUGGGAUUCCAGUUUGGACCUGGAAGAGUCCAACACGACCUCCCCCCCCUCCUGAGAAGAGCACCAUCUUACACCCUUAAAGCAUUGUCACAGACUCGCAGAGCGAGUCUGUGAGCAGGUGAGAGAGGGACACUGUCUGCCCCACUGUCCAGCGACACCAUGAGCUGGAGCUUCCUCACGCGGCUGCUGGAAGAGAUCCACAACCACUCCACCUUCGUGGGGAAGCUGUGGCUCACCGUGCUCAUCGUCUUCCGCAUUGUCCUCACCGCAGUCGGGGGAGAGUCCAUCUACUAUGACGAACAGAGCAAGUUUGUCUGUAACUCAGGACAGCCGGGAUGUGAGAAUGUCUGCUACGACGCCUUCGCUCCACUGUCUCAUGUUCGCUUUUGGGUCUUCCAGAUCAUCUUGGUGGCCAUGCCUUCUCUCAUGUACAUGGGCUUUGCUAUUAACAAGAUUGCGCGGUUAGAAGAGGCCAAAGGAGUAGUGGGAUCCGUGGCUGUUAGAGCCAGUGGCGGAGGGUAUACACACCGGAAGCCCAGGAAAAUCUGUUUUGGAGCCAGGCAGCACAGAGGAAUUGAGGAGACUGAGGAGGACCAGGAAGAUGACCCCAUGAUAUACGAGGUGCCAGAGAUAGAACCUCCAAAAAGACCUCGUGAUCCACUGCAGCCCACCCCCAGACCCAAAAUCCGACACGAUGGCCGAAAGCGUAUUCGAGAUGAAGGGUUGAUGCGGGUCUACGUCCUCCAGCUGGUGACCCGUACUGUGCUGGAAGCCGGCUUCCUCGCUGGCCAGUAUUUGCUGUACGGCUUCCGUGUAACCCCCGUGUUUGUGUGUUCCGGAAAACCCUGUCCACACAGCGUUGACUGCUUCGUAUCACGGCCGACGGAAAAAACCAUAUUCCUGCGCAUCAUGUACGGAGUGACUGUUCUCUGCCUCAUACUCAAUGUUUGGGAGAUGCUUCAUCUGGGGAUUGGGUCUAUCUGUGACAUUCUUCGCCGACGGCGCACCCCACCUCAGGAGGAUGAGUACCAGCUGGGCCUGCUUGGGGCAAACGGGGAUGUUGAGGGCUCGGUUGGGGGGACAGGACCCGAGGCAGGCUCAGAUGCAGGUGUUGGCGCUGACGGUGCUGCCGAUUACGUCGGCUACCCCUUCUCAUGGAACACUCCAUCGGCUCCCCCCGGUUAUAACAUAGUGGUGAAGCCUGAGCAGAUGCCAUACACUGACCUUAGUAACGCAAAGAUGGCCUGCAAGCAGAACCGGGCCAACAUUGCCCAAGAGGAGCAGCAGCAGUUUGGCAGCAAUGAGGAUAACUUCCCCACUGGCGGCGAAGCCCGAGUUGCUCUCAACAAAGACAUGAUCCAGCAGGCUCACGAGCAACUGGAGGCCGCCAUCCAGGCGUACAGCCAGCAGCAUAAUUCUGAGGAACCACUGGGGGACAACCAGGACGAUAAGCCCCAGAGCAACAUUAUCCAAGCGCAGCCGCAACCUCAGCCACAGGCUCAGAAGGAGCGGAAACACAGACUCAAGCACGGCAAAGGCGGCAACAGCGUCGGGGGCAGCAGCAGCAACAGCAGCAGCAGCAAGUCUGGGGAAGGCAAGCCCUCCGUGUGGAUUUAACCUGUACAUAGCAGACGCUGAAUACUCCACUGUGCCUUAAAAAAAUCCUGCAAGCUGGAGAAAUGUUUGUGUAGUUCGAUGUGCGGAACCAGAAAAGUGAUGUUGCAGAUGACAGAUUGUCUGGGCUAUCACUGUCAAACUUGAAGCAUCAACACAAACGUGUCAUGUACUGUUCUCCUCGAAAUCCUGAAGCAGAUACUUGACCUCUGUCGUCUUCCUCCUAGCAUUUCAUAGCAAUUUGAUAUCUGCAAUUGUAUCAUGCAGAGUUUUGUCGGGUGUCGGAUCCCAGGUUGACUUUUCCCUUUAAGUUAAUUGUCCAAAUUUGGGGCCUCGCACACUCACACCGAGUGCCAUGAUGUGGACCUGUUUUGGCGCGCUGAGCUUACGUGGCAUUAUUACAACAGCGAUGCAAUCAAACAACACGCCUGCAGCAAGAUGCAAGUGUCGACUUCGUUUCCAGACUCACACUGAUGCUACGAUUGUGUGUGUUUCUACUCUGCGUUUAAUAGAGCGACAAUAUUUCACAUUGCCUAAUAGUUGACUGGCCCCUAGUGGUUGCUUCUCUAAUGUUUCUCCACUCGGGCACCGACAGCUGCAACACACACCAGCCAGCUGUAAUGUAACUUCAAAAUGCUUUAUAUUUUUGACUCCUCAAAGCCAAUUGGUGUCAAUUUGAAGCUGCAAUAACAAUUCGCAUCAAGAGUAUUUACCGCUACGGUACGACAAGACCAAACACUGUAAUGCGUCAGUGCCAAGAACCUGGCAGAGGAGAGGCCUGUGUGUUUGUAGCUUAGGGAAACUGUGGCCAUGAUUCUCCCGCUUUGGGGGAAAAAAUGCCUAAUAUGAGACCAAGGUUUUUCUAAAGUUGACCGGUUUUGUAAAAAGUACGUUUUGUUUUUUUUUUAUUUAUAUGAAAUGACGCACCUUUUUAAGAAAUGCAUACAAAAACAUUUUGUGUUGUAUUUAUUUUUUAGUUAUAAUUGCCUUCCAAAUGUAAAAAAAAAUACAUAAGAAUAAUUCUAUAUUUUUUUAAAUUGUAUGUGAUGUGAGCAACUAACGUCUCCUAACGUGUUAGCGUGUCAAUAUUAAAAUUUUAUAGCGACUUUAAGGGCCAUGUUUUGAUAUACCAGUGGGGCCAGCUUUCCUUGUCGCCAUUUCUACAGGAGACAAUUGUGUAAAUAUGUAUGCUCUGCUGUUAUAUUUUCACAGCUCUUCCUGUUUUUCUCGAUGUCUUCUGAUGUUGUCUUUGUGCUGAUGGCUAGAUUCAAGGGUGUCAUAUAUAGUAUGUAUAGGUUCUGCUUCCUGCGGCUGAUGAUGUCACUCAGUCCACAUCCUUGAGUGAACUUGGAGUCCAAAGUACAGCAAUGACAGAGAGAAGUGAAUACACCACCUAGCAAGGACUCUGCUGGUUGGCUUGGGCUUCUGGCCCUUCUCUCUCGUACAUGCAAACACUACACUGCACUCCUCAACUUAGAAACAAAAAAAGAAAUUUGUCGUCAUAUUUUUUUUUCAAAAUACGCAGUAGUGCAUUCUGUUUGUGUGUACAUUUGAAAUAUAUUAAAUAAAUAGCACCUGAAUUUUUCUCAGACUUGGUAAGUCAUAUUGCAAGCUCCCCAAAAAAGUUGAGGAUUUGGAGGAAGUGGUGUUGAAUAAAUAUUUAAUCAUUUCAAAUUUUACAACACAGAUUACACUUCUAUUUUGUUUUUAUUUAUACUUGUAUUCAGACCACAGAAAGUGCUUAAAUGACAACAAUGGAAAGCUGGUCUCACGUAGCAACACCAUGGUAGGUAAAGCUGUACACGGCAAGAACGGAAUGUGGGAUGUUUUUUCUGCAUCAUGUUCAAUCGACCGUCCUUUGAUGGGAAACGUGUUUGACGUCACACUGUGGCGUGGGAGUCCCAGCAGGCGUAUUCCCAGAGAAUGACCGUGAAACAGGAAACCAUCUGCUUUACAAAACACUUUUUCGGCCGCAUGUCACCAAAUUUACUUUAAAGCUGAAAUCGAUGGCGAAUAAGUAAGAAACAUUACUGAUGUCAUGACAGUACAUGCAAACCGAGUGGUAAGAAAGUAUGCAGUUCUCAAGCCAACUAACCAGCCAGUUACUACAGUAUUACAGCAUUUAAUGGUGUGGUUUUUUGUGGCCACCGUUCCUUGUGCCUUGGUCACCCGGAACCAUAUUAGAAAUCAUUUCAAUGGAAUACAUCAAAGUCGUCCCUCAAGCCAAUUGUGUGAUAAACUCACUAAGGAAGCGCAUGUAGUUUUGGUUGACUGGGAGUCAGGUCGUGCAACAUUCCCACCGCCACCAAUAGACACACCAACCACGACUGGUUUUGGUGGAAUUGGAGGCCAGUCAAAGAACCACACUAACUUGCCUGAUGGUGUUAUUGUACUUGGCUGUUGAGUUCUGAUGGUGUCCAUGUCAGACACAGAUUCAAAGUGUAUGAAAGUGCACAUCUAUGAAUUCUGAUCAUAACAUUUAAAAAGAAUCUCACAUUAUUUUCAGUGAGAAAAAGAUGAGUAAUGUAACUCUUACUUUUGGAUGUAAUCUGAAGAGAGGAAACUCAUGACAAGUCACGAGUCCGUGCUGAAAUGUCUUCCUCCCGAGGUGUAAUGUUGAUGUUGAAGUGAUCAGAAUUUGACUUUUAAAUAACAAAUUUGAAUGGCAGUAUAAUAAAAGCCACAAUCCGCGGACCAACUAUGCAUUUUCCCUAAUAUACUAUUGGUAGAUUAAACAUGUAUUUGUAGAGUAUGAUGAAAAACAUUUUAAAAAUGUAAAGAUAUAAUUUUGUCGCUGUCUUAGAAAUAACAUUUAGUAAAAAAAAAAAUCAGUAAUAAUCACUAAUAAUUUUAAAAGUACGUUGAAUGUCAUUCUGUGUAAGGAACAGAUACGGUUUACAGAUUUGAAAAUAAUGGAUCAGAAAGGCCUGUGCCACUUUGACUUACAGUAUAUCUAACAUUUAAAAUAAAUAAAUAAAAUUUGCCACGGUGGCAGCAGGUCACAGAAUUCACACUGUGGAGUGUAUCUUGUCGAGCGGUCAGUUAAGGGCAUUACUCUUUAACCACAGUAACUACAACCAGCCUUCUGGUUCUUUUGUUUUUCUCCAAAUAAAGGCCUUACCAUCACUUUGUUUUUUUACAGUCAGAAAAGUCCUGCGUUUUUGCUUGAAGUUGUUAGGUUACAUGUGAAUAUUUUAUAGAAAAAAACCCCCCAAAAUAAUGGACCUACGGACGCAGUCCUCAGCGUUGGCUGAAAACACCUUAGAGACUGACUUUCAGACAGGAGACUUGGGUUCGAUUUAUAUUAAGCAAGGUUCAAUAUCUGUUGCUGUUUGUGUGCUCUACUCACUCUACCCACCCUUUCCCUCUGUUUGUUUCUAAGAGGCAGCAAUACCCGCCUAAACAAAACUGUCCAUCUCAUUCAUAGAGUGUAGCAUCUCAAACAAAACCCCCUAAAAAACGCCUCGAAAUGUCUCACGGAAAUACUGAAGAUGCUUUGCCAAAUCUCAUGACAAGCCAUGACACAGAUGCCAAACCCAGUUUUGUAUUCAGAUACGUCUCCUGUAUAAGGCUUUCUGUCCACCAGGAUUUAAAAAGAAGUAUAUUUGUACCCAAAAUACAGUCAGCGAAAUGUUACGGAAAUAAAAAAAAGUAUAAUAAAAUUAAAAAAAAAAACGUUUUGCUGAUUCAAACAAGUAAAUGUUUUAUUGUGAACUGUGCCUGUCCUUGUGUCAUUUUAGAAUCCCUUUGAAUUGUAUUUUUUAUUUCAUGUACAUUGAUGGAUCAAAUUGAUUGGCAUGUUUAAAGACAUAUUUUCCUACA